GGCAGACUCAGACUGCCGGGCCAAAACUGGUAGAGGCAGCUGGGACCCUGGGGAGCUGAGCGGAAGCCGGGGCAACGGGAGCCACAGACGCUGACCUCCCCCGCCAAUGGUGGCCAUGCUCACGGGGUGACUCCCAAGACCAGAUGACCUUCAUGUCGAUGGCCACAGUGGUGGCGGCGGUGGCAGAGCCGAAAUGGGUCUCCUCGGUGUGGGGUCGCUCGCUGUGGGUGGUGGCCCUGCUGGGCGUGCUGGGGUCCCUGCUGGUGCUCUUGCUCCCCCUGGGGGCCGUGGAGGAGCAGGGCUCCGCGCUACGGAAAGGCCUCUCCUUGCUGAGGAGCAAGCUCGUCGACGGAGGACAGGGGAGCUUUAACGGGCAGAGCAGUCGGAGCACGGGGCUCAGCGUCACGACAGGAGGGAUCAGUCUGCUGGUGGUCAAACCCAAAGCAUCUGCAGAUGUUAAGCUGGAAGCCCGAGCGGCCUUGAACCAGGCCCUGGAAAUGAAGCGGCAGGGUAAGCGAGAGAAGGCCCACAAACUCUUCCUGCAUGCCCUCAAGAUGGACCCUGAUUAUGUGGACGCGCUCAACGAGUUGGGCAUCUUCUCCGAAGAGGAGAAGGACAUUCUGCAGGCUGAUUACUUAUAUACCAAAGCACUCACCAUCUCUCCCUACAACGAGAAAGCUCUGAUCAAUAGGGACCGGACGUUGCCUCUGGUGGAAGAGAUUGACCAGAGGUACUUCAGCAUCAUUGACAGCAAAGUUAAAAAGGUGAUGUCCAUUCCCAAGGGGAGCUCAGCGCUGCGGCGGGUCAUGGAGGAGUCUUACUACCAUCACAUUUACCACACCGUCGCCAUCGAAGGCAACACCCUCACACUCUCUGAAAUAAGGCACAUCAUCGAGACCCGCUACGCCGUGCCGGGGAAGAGCCUGGAGGAACAGAACGAGGUCAUCGGUAUGCACUCGGCCAUGAAAUACAUCAACACCACGCUCGUCUCCAGGAUCGGGUCCGUCACCAUCAGCGACGUGCUGGAGAUCCACAGGCGGGUACUGGGUUACGUGGAUCCCGUGGAAGCCGGGAGAUUUAGGACCACCCAGGUGUUUGUGGGCCAUCAUAUCCCUCCCCAUCCUCAGGAUGUGGAGAAACAGAUGGAAGAGUUCAUCCAGUGGCUCAACUCGGAGGACGCCAUGCAUCUGCACCCCGUGGAGUUCGCUGCGCUGGCCCAUUACAAGCUGGUCUACAUCCACCCCUUUAUCGACGGUAACGGCAGGACGUCCCGCCUGCUGAUGAACCUCAUUUUGAUGCAGGCAGGCUACCCUCCCAUUACAAUCCGCAAGGAGCAGAGAUCAGAGUAUUACCAUGUGUUAGAAGUUGCCAACGAAGGGGACGUGAGACCCUUCAUCCGUUUCAUUGCCAAGUGUACCGAGACCACCUUAGACAUGCUGCUAAUUGCAACCACUGACCAUGCUGUGGGUUUGCCGGAAGCUAACCCCAACCAUUCUGGAUGCAAACAGACUAUUCCUAUAAAAACCUAAAUGUUUCUCUUGAAAAGGGCAGCGGGGUUUAUUUUGGAGAAAUCACACAGAAGCCUUGAGUGUUCCUCCUGGGAAACGAGUCUUCUCACAAAGAAGGCCAGACAGCGAGGCGUUCUUGACCUCAGAAUGUUUCUGGCUUUAAGUUUUUGGAGUUUUUUUUUUUCUUUAAGAAAAUAAGUUAAAUUAAGCCUUGUGUCUAUGAUAAUAAUUUAUAAGCUAACUAAGCCAAAUUAUUUAUUUUGGGUUUGUUUUAAAGCAGGCUAAAAAUGCGAGAUGUUGUAGCCAAACUCUGGGCUGGGCAUUAAGAACCUCUAGGCUUUUUCCAGGGUAUAUAGGGAAGCUGCAUUGUGGCCAUGUGUCCUAUGGGUCCCUGUAAAUUCCCUCUGGGUGAAGCAACUGACUAAGUCUCUGGGACAAAACGUGCACCGUGUCUGGAAGGAAAGGGGACCAUUCUGCCAAGUCAGAGGGGCCAACAGGUCGGGAUGCAGACUUUGGAGACUUCUCAUGGCACAGCUCUGGGGGUUAUUUUUGCAGAUGGCAGGCAGCAUUCUUUUGGAAGGCGCAGGCAUCUCUGCCCAGACUGAGUUGGUAGUGAACUUCUGCCUAGGAAGUUAACUACUGAGAUAGUAAAUUAGGGUCAAUUUUAACAGCGGGACCUUGUAUGCCUCAACUGGCUCUUUUUUUUUCAAGAAGCCCCUCUGAGCUGUACUUCCCGUCUCAAUUUUGGUGCCAGAGAUCAAGUGUUUUUCUAUGGUGGGUUACUUUUGCAAUUAAGACGAACGGUGAUCAGCCUGGUUCCCUCUCUGUUCUCCCCAAUCCCCCUUCUUGGGAAGAGGAACAUCUCUGUUAGAGCUGACGUUGUUGGGAUGCCAGACCACUCCAUCAUUUCUUCAUCAAGCUGUGAAUCCAGGACCAUCAAAGACUUGAGAAUAUCUUCCCUGACAGAUCACUCCUGAACCCCUUCUCUACACACAGAUUUUCCAUAGACGUGAUCUGUGGAUCUCUGACACAAGAGAUGGAUUAGAGGUAAUCGGCUGGAUCACAGUCCUCGAGGAAACUUUCCUGCCUCUGGGGUGUGUCCGUUUGGAGCCUUCCUCGCCUCGGCCAGUAUCUUUGCUUUUCUGUGCAAUAUCUUCUCCCCAGCCCUUUUCAUCGUGACUACUCAUGACUGCGCCACCCCGUAAUGCCCCGGUCACCUUCGGAGAUACCUCAUGCUCGGCGCAGGCACUGGGCCCUCACGGCUGGGCUGAGGCCUUCCCAGCACUUGGGAGGAAGGAGAUGGUCUCUGUUCCAGGUCCCAAGGCCGCGUGUGAGGGGGUCCUUCAGUGGUAACGGCCUUGGUCAGACAGAAAAUAACCAGGGUCCGCUCUGCCUGUCGAUGGCCAUCCCUUUGGUGACCCUUCUGCUUUGUCACUGUGACUCCAUCUUGGCAGUGUUGGCACCUGUCAAGCUUCUGCCUGUUGAACCACAUAAGCGGUUGUCACAAGCGGACAGUUAUUGGAAGCCAGCACAACUUAACGCAUCCCUUCUAGCUUUCUGAAAGGCUAGCUUGGCCUCGGCACACAAAAUCCAGAGGUUCACAACCCUAGGAUUUUUUACAGACCACUGCCAUAAAUUGUUGAAUUUCUUAAACCCUAACUCUACAGUGGAUUUGGUUCUUGUGAACAGACCCCAAGGUUAGCUGAACCACUAGACAAAAGCACUUGUUUUUAUACUGCAGAAUGAAUGAAUUUGCACUUUAGCUCGACGUGAAAGAUGUUACUCUAACAAACUACUUCUUCUAAUAAAGUAUUUUAUUAAAUACA